AUGGACUUGAGAGUAGGAAACAAAUAUCGCAUUGGUCGCAAAAUCGGUUGUGGUUCAUUUGGAGACAUUUACCUCGGUACAAAUAUUAUUACCGGUGAAGAAGUGGCUAUCAAGUUGGAGGCAGUAAAGACAAAACAUCCCCAACUCGAGUAUGAAUCAAAAGUAUACAAGGCUCUGUCAGGUGGUGUCGGCAUUCCAUUCGUACGUUGGUUUGGCACAGAAUGCGACUACAAUGCCAUGGUGAUCGAUCUUCUGGGACCUUCCCUCGAAGAUCUGUUCAAUUUUUGUAACCGCAAAUUCACGUUGAAAACUGUUCUCUUAUUAGCAGAUCAGAUGCUCUCCCGCAUCGAAUAUAUCCAUUCCAAGAACUUUAUCCAUCGUGACAUUAAGCCUGACAACUUUUUGAUGGGGAUUGGCAAACGAGGAAAUCAGGUCAAUGUGAUCGACUUUGGACUUGCCAAAAAAUAUCGUGAUCCGCGAACGCAUCUUCAUAUUCCCUACAGAGAGAAUAAGAAUUUGACAGGCACAGCAAGAUAUGCAAGUAUCAAUACACAUCUGGGCGUCGAACAAUCGCGACGUGAUGAUUUGGAAUCGUUGGGCUAUGUUCUCAUGUACUUUUGUCGAGGCUCCCUGCCUUGGCAAGGAUUGAAAGCAGCAACCAAGAAACAGAAAUAUGAUCGAAUCAUGGAAAAGAAAAUGACAACACCGACUGAACUGCUAUGUCGCGGCCAUCCCAGUGAAUUUGCCAUAUUUUUGAAUUACACACGUUCAUUACGGUUCGAUGACAAGCCCGAUUACAGUUAUCUUCGUAAAUUAUUCCGUGAUUUGUUCGUCAGAGAAGGAUUUCAGUAUGAUUAUGUGUUUGACUGGACGGUUUACAGAGUGGUACGUCCUCUUUAUAUUUUUCAACAGUUCCAGCAAAGAAUGUGUGUUUAA